CCCCGCGAAGACAGCUGCGUAGACGAAGAGUGACCCAGAAGGAAAGCAGGGGAAUAGAAAGAGGAGGCCCCGGCUAGACAGCAGCACCCCCAAGCCACCCACCAUGACGCUGGGCUUGGAGCAGGCAGAGGAGCAGCGUCUGUAUCAGCAGACACUCCUGCAGGACGGGCUCAAGGACAUGCUGGACCACGGCAAGUUUCUCGACUGUGUGGUACGGGUGGGUGACCGCGAGUUCCCAUGCCACCGCCUGGUGCUGGCCGCCUGCAGCCCCUACUUCCGCGCACGCUUCCUGGCCGAGCCCGAGCACGCGGGCGAGGUGCGCCUGGAGGAGGUGUCCCCGGACGUGGUGGCACAGGUGCUGCACUACCUGUACACGUCAGAGAUUGCGCUGGACGAGGCGAGCGUGCAGGACUUGUUUGCCGCGGCGCACCGCUUCCAGAUCCCAUCCAUCUUCACCAUCUGCGUGUCCUUCCUACAGAAGCGCCUGUGUCUCGCCAACUGCCUGGCCGUCUUCCGCCUCGGCCUCCUGCUGGACUGUGCGCGCCUGGCCGUGGCCGCCCGCGACUUCAUCUGCGCGCGCUUCUCGCUGGUGGCGCGCGACGCCGACUUCCUCGGGCUCUCGGCCGACGAGCUCAUCGCCAUCAUCUCCAGUGACGGCCUCAAUGUGGAGAAGGAAGAGGCCGUGUUCGAGGCGGUGAUGCGGUGGGCGGGCAGCGGCGACGCCAAGGCACAGGAGGAGCGCCAGCGGGCGCUGCCCACCGUCUUUGAGAGUGUGCGCUGCCGCCUGCUGCCGCGGGCCUUUCUGGAGAGCCGCGUGGAGAAACACCCUCUCGUGCGUGCCCAGCCGGAGCUGCUGCGCAAGGUGCAGAUGGUGAAGGACGCGCAUGAGGGCCGCCUCACCGUGCUGCGCAAGAAGAAGAAGGACAAGGGGAAGGAGGCAGCAGGGGCCAAGGCCGCUGACAAGAGCGCGGGCGAAGCCAAGGCGGAGGACGAGGAGGAGGAGGCGGAACGCAUCCUACCCGGGAUCCUCAAUGACACUCUGCGCUUUGGCAUGUUCCUGCAGGACCUCAUUUUCAUGAUCAGUGAGGAGGGGGCUGUGGCCUAUGAUCCGGCAGCCAACGAGUGUUACUGUGCCUCCCUCUCGACCCAGAUCCCCAAGAACCAUGUCAGCCUCGUGACCAAGGAGAACCAGGUCUUUGUGGCUGGGGGCCUUUUCUACAACGAGGACAACAAAGAGGAUCCCAUGAGUGCUUACUUCUUGCAGUUUGACCACCUGGACUCCGAGUGGCUGGGGAUGCCGCCGCUGCCCUCGCCGCGCUGCCUCUUCGGCCUGGGAGAGGCUCUCAAUUCCAUCUACGUGGUCGGCGGCCGAGAGCUCAAGGACGGCGAGCGCAGUCUAGACUCGGUCAUGUGCUACGACCGUCUGUCGUUCAAAUGGGGCGAAUCAGAUCCUCUGCCUUACGCCGUGUACGGCCACGCGGUGCUCUCCCAUAUGGACCUGGUCUACGUCAUUGGCGGCAAAGGCAGUGACAGGAAGUGCCUGAAGAAGAUGUGCGUCUACGACCCUAAGAAGUUCGAGUGGAAGGAGCUGGCACCCAUGCAGACGGCCCGCUCCCUCUUCGGGGCCACCGUCCACGAUGGCCGCAUUUUUGUAGCCGCUGGGGUCACAGACACGGGGCUGACCAGUUCAGCUGAAGUGUACAGCAUUACAGACAACAAGUGGGCACCCUUCGAGGCCUUCCCCCAGGAACGCAGCUCACUCAGCCUGGUCAGCCUGGCGGGCACCCUGUAUGCCAUCGGUGGCUUUGCCACGCUGGAGACUGAGUCUGGAGAGUUGGUCCCCACAGAGCUCAAUGACAUCUGGAGAUAUAAUGAGGAUGAGAAGAAGUGGGAGGGUGUCCUGCGGGAGAUAGCCUACGCAGCCGGCGCCACCUUCCUUCCUGUGCGGCUCAACGUGCUGCGCCUGACCAAGAUGUGACCAGCCCCGAGGCCUGAGCUGAGUACCCCUCCCACUCUGCGGCCACACGAGCCUGGAUUUUGGGGGCUCCCAAGAGGAUGUGGGGAGGGGCCAGAGUCCACCUGGAUCCCGUCCUGCCAUGGGGGUGCUCUUCAGCAGAGGAGAACUCGCUGCCUAGUCCUAGACUUGCUGGCAGGGUCCAGGAACUUUAGGGCUCUCCGGUCCCCGUUUCCCCAGUCUUCUUGUUCCAUGAACCAGAGACACAGGGGGGUGUCCCAAGCUGCAUUCUGGGCCCGUCCCAGACCACCUGUGUGCCAAGGAGGAAGUACCCACAGGACCCCAUCUCCUUGCCUGUCAGCUGGGGAGCAUCCGUCUCCAGCACACUCGGCAGCCCGGGAAGGAAUAAAGUACCUUCUGAGCAAGUAGCUCAGGGUCUAGAAUCAGGUCCUCCAGGAGUCCGUGACCAGGUGGUUGAAGAUGCCAGAUUGAGCGCCUGGGUUGCCCAGGGCAGUGGCCUCCGCACUCCAUGGGUGUAUUGUCUCCACAUUCUGGUGCCCCUAGAGCCUAACCCCCCCCCCUCCCUGGGGCUCAGAGACCCCACCUCCUCAUACAGCAUGGACAAGAAGCCAGGAGAUUGCUGGUGGAAGGGACAGGGAAUAGCCGAACUGUGGUAGAAAAGUCUUUUAUUCUAGUGGUCAGGCCCCCUCCGGCCUGACCUGGGCCGGACCCGGGAGUAGCUGAGCAGUGCCCAUUCCUCUUCCCUCUUACUCCUCCCAGCUACUCCGGCUUCUCUUUGUCCUGCAUCUGCUCGUCUUCUAGUGCUAGGGUUCGCUCUCGUUCCUUCACCAGCUGGACACCACAGUAGGUGACGAAUAGGACGGCCAGAGUAGUCUGGGGGAAGCCUGUGUGGGGAAGAGGUCAUCGACGCCUGGGAGCAGGACCCCAGCCUCAGCGACGCUUUCCUUCUCAUGCCUCUCCCCACAUGAUUGGCCCUCCCUGCUGAGUCCCCGGGGUGUUGGGCUGCAAUGGCGGCAUUUCAGGAGGUCACAGUCCUCAAGGUGAAUGCCUGGCACUUUCUGUGUCCACACCCCCAUCCCUCACCUGUGAGUAGCAGGCGUCUGGCGACCAGCUCUGUGAACUCAAGGCUGUUCAGGCUUACAAGGUUGUACAUGAUGAUGGCCCAGAAGUUCAUGGCCCCAAAGAGAGCUCGGACCCUGCGAGACAUCUGCUCCGACAGAGAAGCCUGUCCAGUCCAAGAAGGCAUUGGCAAGAGGGCCAGUGGAAAGAGGACACCAUGGGUCAGAGACCCUGCCCACAUGGCUACCCCAGGUCCUGGGGAUGAGCUUGGGUGCCUGAGAGUCCCCAGGGCAGCCCUCCCUCAUUGUUAAAGAUGGGAAUACUGACCACCAGACAGAGAGGAGGGUCUGACUGACACAGCCUGGCCCAGGUGUCCACACUCCACAGAAGGGGGUGCUAGAUACCCACAGGGGGAGCCAUUGCCCUGAUAGCCAGGAAGUCGUGGUGAGAAAGUUCUGGAUUGAGAACUCUUCAGGAACUCUACAUGUGGCUGGAAGAUCCCAGAGAGCAGCAAGGCCACCCCCUCCAGUGGCCCAGCCAACCCCUGCCCCCAACUUUUCCCACUCACCUCGAUUUGUGCUAGAGGCCCCCACUCUGCGAGCUUCUGUGCCCAGAGCUCAAAGUUGAGGCCAAAGCAGUUCAGGAAUGACCAUAGGUAAACGAUAUCACAAGGUCCAAGCCACAGAGUAGUGAUGGCAAAUGUGGCCACAGUGGCCCCCAGCUCUGGGAUCACCUCGGAGUGCUCCCCACCAAUGUGGUCAUACACGUACCUGCAAGAAAGGCAGGAGAAAGGACCAGCAGGGGGUGUGGGAGAGGGCAAGUAGGAGAAAGGCAAAGAAUAUACCACAGGGCAGCCCUCCUCAACACUGUCAUCCUGGAGAAUGUCCCAUGUUCCUGAUCUCAGAUGCCUGGUCCUCCUCUACCCAAGUUCAGAAUGAGGAAGGCUCAGCUUUGAACUUCGGUGUCUUCUCAUCCAUUCCCCAAGCAAUCUCAUCUGACCCAAGACUUUGAACACUGUCUCUAGGCUGAUGAGCCCCAGAUCUAGGUCUUUAGUUCACUUUCUUCACUCACACAUCCAACUGUCACUAGACAUCUCAUUUGAAUGACCGAGUCCCCCAUCCCUGUCGAAACCUGCUGCAUCCUCAUCUCAGAUAAUGACACUUCCCUCUACUCAAGCCUUGGCACCAUCUUGGACUGUCAGUUCCCCUCCCCACAUCCAAGCCAGCAAGUUCUGUGGGUUCUAUGCAGUCCUGAUUGCUGCUUGCCACCCUCACUACCACUACUUGUCCAGCAUGUCUUCUCCUCUCUAUUGCAAGAGUCUCUUAAGUCAUUUCCCUGCCUCUGCCUUUGGCCCCCUACCAUCCGUUCUCCACAUGGCAGUCAGAGUAGAUCAUAGGACUUCCACAAUCAAAUGUGCCCCCAAGGCUCCCCAUUACGAUUAGAAUAGACCACCUCCUUACUAAGGCUAGAAGAUCCCAUGAUGUCUGGUUUCUGCCUCCUUCCCUGACCUCACACCCACCAGUUAGCCCUCAUUCUUGCCUUCCUGUCUCUCAGAUAUACACAGCUUGUUCCGGCCUCAAGCCUAUGUACUUGCUCCUUCUCCCUGACAUUCUCUUCCCUAGAUUUCCUUAUCACUCAAGUCUCAAUUCAAAUAUCAUCCCACAGAGGCUUCCCCAGACCACAACUAUAGAAGCUUCUAUCCUGUGGCCAGCUUCUAUCCCAUCACACUUGUUUUAUUUUUUUUCAUAAUGCUUACCACUCUCUAAAAUUAUCUUAUAUAUAUUUUGUUUACCUGUUUAUGGGCUGUUUCUCCCCACUAGAGUGUAAGCUCCAUGUGUUCAGAGUCUUUGCCAUGUUCACUGCUGUAUCCCCAGUGCCUAGAACAGUGCCUGGCACAUAGUAGGUACUCAAUAAAUAUUUGUUAAAUAAA